AUGGACCCAUUGGAGGAUGUAAAGCCCGCCUGCGGCAGUGGCACCAUCCAGGGCGAAUAUGACUUGGGCAUCCACGUUCUUGGACUGUUCCUCGUUCUCACGGCGUCCAUUCUCGGUUGUGGUUUCCCCGUGGUUGCAAAGAGGGUUAAGUGGUUGAAGAUUCCCCCGCCAGUCUUCUUCGCCGCGAAGCACUUUGGUACCGGUGUGCUGAUCGCGACGGCCUUUGUCCAUCUUCUCCCCGUGGCCUUUGCCAGCUUGACCGACCCCUGCCUCCCCGAUCUCUUCAUCGUCCAGUAUCCCGCCAUGCCCGGCGUCAUCAUGAUGGGCUCCAUGUUCUGUCUCUUCGUCAUCGAGAUCGUCAGCUACCCGGACGAGAAGAAGAUGCAAAACAUGUACGAGGACGAGUACGCCCGCACCAUGCAGGACAACCCCUUCAUGACCGGCGACGAAAAGGCCCAGUCCGACAUGCCUGCCUGGUUCAUCGUCUUUUACGAGCAGUACGUCCGCCAGCGGUUGGAACUCGUCAAGAUGGUGCAAAACAGCUCCCCGAGCUACUCCGCCUCCCAGCACGACCACGGCCACUCCCACAACGCCGUCGAGAACUUUGACCCCGAGAACCAGGCCGUCGACCCCGCCGUGUACAAGAAGAUGUCGGCCCAAAUCACCAUCCUCGAGGGCGGUAUCCUUUUCCACUCCGUCUUCGUCGGCAUCACCAUCUCGCUCACCAUUGACGGCUUCAUCGUCCUGCUCAUCGCCAUUCUCUUCCAUCAAAUGUUCGAAGGUCUCGGUCUCGGUUCCCGUAUCGCUGAGGUCCCCUACCCCAAGAAGAGCUUCCGACCCUGGGUUUUGGUGGUGGCUUUCGGCACCACCGCCCCCAUCGGUCAGGCUAUCGGUAUCUUGGCUCGAGACUCCUACGAUCCCAACAGUGCCUUUGGUCUCAUCAUCGUCGGUGUCUUCAACGCAAUUUCAUCCGGUCUCUUGAUCUACGCCGCUCUCGUCGAUCUCCUAUACGAAGACUUCCUUUCCGAGCAUGCCACCCAAGUCAUGAACAAGGCUACCAAAAUCAAGGCCUUCUGCUGGGUCCUUGCCGGUGCCGCCGGCAUGUCCAUCGUUGGCGCCUUCGCUUAA